CAACAGGCUGGCUUUGGCCUCAUAUUUUUAUUUUGUAAAAAAACAUCAUUUUAUUUUGUUUAUAUUUAAAUAUUGGCAAUGGGAAAUAAAGUCGUGACAUUUACAGAACAGCAAUUAGAGGAUUAUCAGGACUGUACAUUUUUCACAAGGAAGGAGAUACUACGAGUUUUCAAAAGAUUUCGAGAAGUAAACCCGGAGCUAGUGCCGAAAAGAAUGACAAAAAACCAAGCUCAUACAAUUGUUGUGCCAGUUGAAGAAAUAGAAAAGUUACCCGAGCUAAAGGAAAAUCCUUUUAAAAGACGGAUUUGCAAAGUAUUUUCUCACGACGGUUCCGGUAAUCUUACUUUCGAAGACUUCUUAGAUAUGAUGUCAGUAUUCAGCGAAGCUGCGCCACGAGAUAUUAAGGCUUGGUACGCAUUCCGUAUAUAUGAUUUGGAUGAUGACAUGUUCAUUGGUCGCGAGGACCUCUUAGAGGCGACGAGACUCCUCACCAAGGGAGAGUUGCAUCCUCAUGAGCGUGACGAAAUAGUGGCCAGUGUGCUGGAUGAGGCAGAUGUUGAUGGUGAUGGAAGAUUAUCGUUUAUGGACUUUGAACAUGUUGUAGUUCGCGCUCCGGAUUUUUUAUCCACAUUCCAUAUACGCAUUUAAUUUUUUUAAAUAAAGACAUUAGC